CAGACACACACACACAUGGCUCUCUUCAUUGGCCGCCUGGACCGCGACACUCGCGUUCGCGAUCUCGAAGACAUCUUCCAGCCCUACGGCCGCCUCGUCCGCUGCGACAUCAAGGGCGGUGCCGUCUACAGCUUUGGCUUUGUCGAGUUCGAGGACCGUCGUGAUGCCGAGGACGCGCUCAACCGUGAGAACGGCCGCAACGUUCGCGGCGUUCGCAUUGCCGUCGAGUGGGCCAAGGGCCAGAACCGCUCCGCCGACUCUGACUCGUGCUUCCGCUGCAACAAGCCUGGUCACUGGGCCAAGGACUGCCCCAACCCGCCGACCGACCGUCGUGGUGGCGAUCGUGGUCGCGACCGCUUUGAUGACCGCCGCGGUGGCUAUGGCGGCGAUCGUCGUCGCGAUCGCUCGCGCUCGCCUCGCCGUGACCGCUCUCCCCGUCGUGACCGCUCGCGUUCCCCUCGCCGCGACCGCUCUCGCUCGCCUGCCCGUGACAACGGUGCUCGUGGCCGCUCUCGCUCGCCUGUCCGCGACCGUUCGCCUGCCCGCGACCGUUCCCCUGUUCGCGAACGCUCUCGCUCGCCCGUUGCCCGCGCAGAGUCUCCGCGCCGUGAAGACUAAAUCGACACGCACCAAGUGUCGUCUGUGGAUUUGCGAGUACUACUUGCGCGCACUUCCGCAUGCUCCUCCAUUAUAUUUUCUUUGGAUUCUGAGUGCUAUUCAGCAUUCAGAGAUUUUUUGAUUGUUUUUGCUUUCACUAUUCACCGCCGUCUUCUCGCUCUCGUUCGCUUCACUGCUCUUCUUUUUGGUUUGUUAAGGUUUCACUGUUGUUUGGUCGUUGUUGUAGCAUCCGUUCCUUGAUGACCAGCAAGGCUAUGGCACGCUGUAUUUGUUUCGUUGUUUUGUUGGUGUCCCGUCUCGCGCUCUCGUGGUGCUGGUGCUGCUGCUGCCCUCCGUCUGCCUGCGUAUCCUUCUACCGACUCGCUUCAGGCCUGCCUGCGAAUACACUUGCCUCCCCCUCCCUUUCCCAUUGUCCUAGUCCAACGGUUUCCGGUGCCUUCCGGCCGCCUUCCUCUUCAGUUCCAAUAGCCUCCUCCUCCCCCUCCUCCUCCUCUUCCUCCCUUCGUCGCUACCA